CUGAGAUUGAAAGCAAUAUUAUUGCAGCCAUGGGAAUUGAAACAUGAUAAGGUGGAGCUUCAACAAAAACUUGGCGAAGGCGCAUUUGGUGAGGUAUUUAGUGGAAGGCUUGCACUGACCAAACGAUUUUUCGUCAGUGCUGCAAUCAAAGUUCUGAAGUGUGAUGCGAUGACGAAAGAAAAAGUGCAAGAAGCUAUGAAUGAAGUGCGCGUCAUCCGGAAUUUAAGGCAUGAGAAUAUUGUCCGAUUCUAUGGUGUGGCAAACAGACAAGAGCCGUUAAUGAUCGUUAUGGAACUGGUGAAAGUGCGUGCGGAAUAG